AUGGCAUAAACUGUAGCAAGUGCUUAAAGAAAAUUCUAAAGUGUUAAUCCCUCAACUAACGAAUUAAUAGAAAGUUUUGAGUUUGACAGUAGAGAAGAGAUUUAAUCUAAAAUUAAUAAAGGUUUCGAGGCCUUCAAAGCUUACAAAAAGGUUCCUAUUAGCGAAAGAGCCUCAAGAUAUUUGAAAUUCGCAGACCUUUUAGAAAGUCAUGUCGAUACAAUUGCAAGAACUAUAACAGAAGAAAUGGGAAAGCCAAUUGUCCUAGCAAGAGGUGAAGUUUCUAGAGUUGCUUAUCAUUAUAAAUUUUAUUCUCAAAAUGCAGAAAACUUGAACAAAUUGAAACCUGUUAAAACAGAAGCUGACCAUUCUUAUAUAGUUUUAGAACCUCUUGGAUUAAUCCACAUUAUUAUACCCUUCAACUUCCCCUUCUGGUUGGCAUUUAAAGCAGCUGCUUCUUACAUGACCAUAGGAAAUGCCGUGUUAGUCAGAGGCUCAGAUUCUACUCCUCGUACAACCAAACUUAUGAAAUAAUUUAUGGAACUUGCAGGUUUUGGUGAUGAGUUUUAGAUUGUUUAUAGCAAAUAAGAAGACCUAGAGUAUAUAGUAUCAAAUCCAAAAAUUAGAGGUGUUUCGUUCACUGGUAGCUCAGCAGCUGGAUCAAUUAUUGCAAGUACUAGUGGAAAGUAUCUAAAAAAAUGUGUAAUGGAAUUGGGUGGAAGUGAUCCAUUCAUUUUACUUGAAGAUGCAAACGUGGAUUUUGCUGUUGAGAUAGCCAUUAAAAGUAGACUUAAAAAUGGAGGCUAAGUUUGUAAUAGCUCAAAAAGAUUUUUGAUUCACCAAAAUUUAUAUGAGUCUUUCAAGAAGAAGCUGAUUGAGUAUUUACAAAAUGUUAAAAUAGGUGAUCCUAUUCAUGAAGAUACUGAGCUAGGACCUUUAGCUAGAAAAGAUUUGGUAGAUAAUUUAUAGAAGCAGAUUAAGUAAGCUAUUGAUGAAGAUAGUGCUACUUUACUCUAUGGUAAUAAAUUUCCAUAACACUUAUAAGAAAAAUAUAAAUCUGGCUUUUUCCUUGAACCAGUUGUUAUGGAAGUUAAAAGCUUAAAUAGUAUACUUAUGAAAGAAGAAACAUUCGGUCCUCUCUUCGCUCUUUACAAAAUUAAAGAUGCAGAAGAAGCUCUUGAAAUUGCUAAUAGCUCUGAAUAUGGCUUGGGAUCAGUUAUCAUUGCAAAAGAUACUUAUGGAGCUGAAAAAAUUGCAAGAGAAAUUGAAUGUGGUAUGGCUAUGAUCAACUAAGUUUCUUUAUCAGAUACAAGAUGCAGCUCUGGUGGAGUUAAAAGAAGUGGUUAUGGAAGAGAAUGUGGAGAAUGGGGAUGCCACGAAUUCGCUAACAUUAAGACUGUCUGGGUUGAAGAACAUAAAUGA